AUGACUUCAUCGGUACCAUAUGAUCCUUACGAUGAUAUGGACAACAAUCCUUUUGCAGAACCUGUAGAACCUCUUGCGGUUCCGGAAACGAUAAACAGCAUAACCAGGGGAGAUCAGGAACAACAGCCAGAUACAGAAAGGAACAACAAGGAACAUAGUAGCCACAAAGAUAAUGAUAGUGAGUCCACUAAUACAACUAAUCAACAAGAAAAUGGCAAUGACUCCGCCGUGAAUGACAUACCAAUUGAUGAACUUCUUCCUGAACGGAAAAACAACAAAUACAACCUCUUUGUACAAGUGACUGGGAUCGAGCGGGCUGGAUCAUUAACGAAUAAAAAGGAAAACCCAUCGAUCAAAUUCGACUGUACCACGAACUUACCCACAUUCCGUAAACCUAAACAUAAGAAAUUGAAAAAAACGUAUACCGAGUUCUAUAAGCUAUUCAAAUACUUGAAUGCAGCAAUCCCCGAAACGUUUGUACCAUCGCUACCAAACUCAUUCACGUCAUAUGGUAUAAAUAACGAAGAAGAUGCCAUAAAGACCGCCGCAAAUUUCCAGAGUUGGUUCAACAGAAUUACUUCGGACCCAUUGAUAAUUCGCAGCGAUGAAGUAGCGAUCUUUAUCGAAUCUGAUUUCAAUACAUAUACUCCCUUGAAGAAAGUAUCAUCAAUCUCUGGCCUUAAGAGGAAGACUUUAAAACAGUUGAGCCCACCCUAUGACGAGACAUUGGCACUUGCUGAAUUCAGGCCAUUGGUCAAAUCUAUCUACCAUACGACUCAAGAGAUCAAGGCAAAACUUUUGAAAAUGGCAACUGUGAGAAGACAACUAAGCCAAGAAGUGAAUCAAUUCGGUCAAGCGUUCCAACCACUAUCCCUAGAUAACUCAGAUUUAUAUCACAAGUUUGGCCGUGUGAUUACGGCAAUCGGUGACAUCGAGAGCAUUGUAGCCAACCUCGACAUGGCCACUUUAUUCGACCCACUUGAGAGCAUCGAGCAUGACUCGUACAUCAUCAAAGAAGCACUCACAAAUCGUCAUUUCGUGAUGCGUGAACUAUUACAAGCGCAACAGACUUCUAGACAAAGACAGGAGAAUGCCAGGAAAUUGAGAGCGAAAAGAGAUAUAAAUCCUUUGAAAGUGGAUGAAUCUAUAAGACAACUGAAAGAGUCUACGAAAAACGAACACGAUCUAACGAUCAAAUUGAAACGAAUCACUGCAAACAUGCUCAUUGAACGCGAAAGAUGGCUAGUGUACUUGCAGGAAACCUUGGCACAAGCUAUCAAGGAGUUCGUUUUGAGAAAGAUAGAGUACGACAGGAAAAAAUUAUCCUUACUGGAGCGUAUACGUCUCACUGUAAGAACCGCAGAUGGCAAAGGUGGGCUCUCACGACUUGGUAGAUCCUCCCUCCCGACCAUCUCAACACUCUCAUCUUCUCAAUCGUACUCUGGAGACAGUUGGACUGGCGACAAGACCAGAACUCCUCAUCUCAUUGGUGGGAUCGUCACUACAGAAUUUGACAAUGCAGUAUUCAACCCAAACAACUCACAUGGGGAAACAAACACUAGUCAACCACAAUCUUCCAGACAGUCAGAAAACAUCGAACAGGUGGGACUCUCUGCACGCCAGGCAGCAUCACUUCUAGGAGACGGCACUUUCUAG